AUGGCAUUUGCUAUUCCGCCGGUUAUACUUUACCUCACCGCUUCGUUCCUGAUUCUCACGUGUUUCUUCAUGGGACCUCAUCAGCUUUUUCGGUGGUGGUCUCGUCAAGAUAUCGAUGAGAAACGAGUAGCCAAGGCAGUAGAGAAGAACAUCCACAACGCCUACGACGAUCUUGGACCUUUUACAAAGUAUUUGACGGACUCUGUACCAGGGAUUCUCAUCGUCUUUCUGAUGUCGGACGUGGCCGAGGAUCCUGCUGACGCAAAUCGUGAUUAUUCUCCAAUUCUGACGUGGUCCACGAUGCAACGCAGAUUCACAUGGUCCUGUAUGUUGCUGAUUGGUGCCGGAUAUGCUAUCUCCGAGGGCGCGCUGAGUCUUUGCAUAUUCAUCCGUUAUACCUUAGCGAUGCCGGCCACAGUUGCCUGCUCAUUCGCCUUCAUGUUGCCGAUGGCCACUCCUCCGAACGCUAUAGUGUUUGACACGAAGAUUGUCGGAAUGCUGGAAAUGGUAACCACUGGAGUAUUGCUCAACAUUUGUUGUGUCCUGAUCACAACUCUCAACAUGAACACCUGGACAUAUUGGCUAUUUGAUUUGGGCACUGUGCCAUUCUUAGAUCGACAUCUCAACGCCACACUCCGCUGCUAG